AUGGCGCAGUCUGAACAGGAGAUGCAAACAAGAGGCCGAGGAGUUCGGCCAACUGCUAUGAAUGUGCUGAGUGGCGAAGACAACUACGAAAGGUGGCAGACUUUCCGGGAAGCAUACAAUGACUACGCACGAUGGGAGGGAGUGUAUGCCAUGGAACCGGAAUUGCAACUAUCGAACUUCCGUCAGUGCUUCGGUGAAGCCAAUCGGGCCCUCCUGAGACAUCUCGGACUCGAGGCCAUGGUGAGCGGUGACAGAGCAAACCCCAACGGCAAGGAGCCGUGCACAACCGUGAAGAAUUUCGUCGCCGCGCUGGAAACAAGAUUUGGGAAAAAGGACAACCUUCUCUAUAAACGGUACCUAUUCCACAAAGCCGUGCAGAAGGAUACAGAGAAGAUAUCGGACUUCGCGGAUAGGCUCAGAGGACUAGCCAGGAACUGUAGAUACAAUGAUCUACGGGAAGAAAUGGUGAGAGAUCGAUUAGUGAUCGGUACACGGAUCCAGAAAGCCAGGGAGGCGAUUUUCAAAGAAAACAACGACCUGACGCUUGAGAACGCGCUAGACUUGAUGAGAAGACAUGAGGAUAACGAAGGAGCCUUGGCAGACAUCAAAGACAAUCGGGAAAGCGUGAUGUCUGGAAGCCAAGAGAUCAACGCAGUGUCAUUCCGAAACUCUAGAAAAGACCGCGAGCAAACCCGUGUUGUCGAGACUUUGGAAGAAGGAGACGAUUGGUGUGAAGACAUGUUCAUGGCCGGGACAACAGAUCGUGUCAAGCGAAAAUUCUUCACAAAGCUGCAGCUCGAAGACAAGACGUAUCUGAGAGGCCAAAUCGACACGGGAGCGACUUGCAACGCAAUGAGUUGGAAAGAUUACUCAGAUCUAAAGAAAAAGGGAGUCGUCAGCGAUAUAGACAAAAAGAGACGCAAACCAUUGAAAAUGUAUGACAAUCACGUCACAAUGUCCUUGGGAGUGUGCAGAUUACCAUGCUCUGUGAAUGGGCGAAGUUUUUCGCUACCGUUCCAGAUCCGGGGAGAGGACUCAACGUCGUCGGGAGGUGGAAAAGCUCUGCUGGACACUUAUGCCGACAUAUUCGAAGGUCUUGGAGAAUUCGGCGACCCGGUGAAGCUUCAAGUUGAUCCACUCUAUGAGCCCAGACAGCAACCUCCUAGAAGGAUCGCAAUUGCUCUCCUGGAAAAGGUUACCAGGAAAAUUGAGCAGCUGGUGAAGGCGGGAAUCAUACAGAAGGUUACCCACCCGACACCAUGGAUAAGCAAUCUCGUGGCAGUACCGAAGAACGAUGACGUGAGACUGACUCUGGAUCCAACAUUCCUGAACAGAGCUUUGAGAAGACCGAAAUUUCCCAUGCCGACUUUACAAGAUCAAUUACCGCAUUUCAAGAACGCUCGAUUCUUCACAAUCGUAGACGCGAAAGAUGGAUUCUACCAAAUGAGGCUGACUCCAGAGUCUCAAGAUCUCACCACAUUCUGGGGCCCGAAAGGGAGAUACAGAUAUAUUCGCGUUCCGCAAGGAAUUUCCAGCGCCCCCGAAGAAUAUCAAAGACGUCAAAUGGAAGCGUACGAAGGACUCGAUGGAGUGAUGACGAAGAGGCCGGAAAAUCAUGACAAGAACGUUAAAGCGCUCUUUGAGAGAAUACGGCAAGUAGGUCUGAAACUCAACAAGAAGAAGAUCCAGUGGAAAAAGCAAGAGGUCAAGUAUAUGGGACACUUGAUUUCCAGAGAUGGUGUGAGACCAGAUCCAGGGAAAGUUGAAGCGAUACGAGACAUGAAGGCACCGGACAAUCCUAAGGCGGUUCUAAAGGUUUUUGG